AGGAGGCGCGGCAGUCGCGGAGGCGCAUCUGAAAGAAAGAGCUGUUGAAGAGACCAGAAGAGAGGAUAACCUCAUCACAUCACUUCAGAAUCAGCCUGAGGAAUCGAGUUAACCUGACACAAACCGCUCUGGACUCAUCUGCUUCAUAUUAACACAGCUGACAGGCUGGAAAGUCUUCUUCACGUGUGGAGAAUGGAUCAGCACCAAGUGCUGUCACAGCUGUUGGAGCAGCUGCAGAGGUUCCUGAAGAUCCUGGAUGGAGAGAAGUUGAGUGGAAAUGCCACAGUACAGAAGGGCCUCGUGAAUGAGCUGCUGCAAUCGUACAAGUCUUCCAAUGGAGAGGAUGAAGAAUACAUCUACAUGAACAAGGUCAUCGUCACAGGUCAAAACCAAGACCGAACAGACAAAGACCACAGACCAGAAGCCAAUGGAGAACCAGGAAAACACCAGAGCCCACCAGAGCCGCCGCCUCCAAGACCAUGCAACCUUGGGAGGGAGCCCUUUCCUCUUCCACCAGCUCCUGCUCCAGCAUCUUUAGUGCCUGAAAGUUACUAUGAAGAUCCACAACCCUAUGACCCUAUAAGCAUCAAUGAAGAUACAGAGCCAGUGAGCAGUUCAUAUGAGUCGUAUGAUGAGGAAGAAGUGACGAAGGGCAAGUCCACAGCACAGCACCAGUGGCCAUCUCCUGAGGCAUCCAUCGAGCUAAUGAAGGAUGCACGGAUCUGUGCCUUCCUCUGGAGGAAGAAGUGGCUCGGCCAGUGGGCUAAACAGCUGUGUGUCAUUCGUGAACAUCGUCUCCUGUGCUACAAAAGCUCAAAGGAUCAGACUCCUCUGCUGGAUAUCAGUUUGCUUGGCUGCAGUGUUAUCUACAAAGAGAAGCAAACGAAAAGGAAAGAACACAAGCUGAAAAUAACCCCGCUGGGUGGAGAGGCCAUUGUCCUGGGACUUCAGAGCAAAGAGCAGGCCGAACAGUGGCUGAAGGUUAUUCAGGAAAUUAGUCCGAAAAAUACUGCGGGAUCUGAUGUAACCGACUCUCCAACACUCAUCUGUACUAAGGGUGAGCUGAGCGAGAGAUACUCAGUGGCAUCUGAGAGUGGCAGCAGCACAGACAGUCACGCAGAGAACCUGGAAAACAAAGAUGUUAAGAAGAAAUACGGCAAGUUUAGUAACCUUAUGAACAUUGGUAAAAAGAAGAUUUCCUCUUUGGAAAGUCCAGAGAAGUCUGUGGAUCCGUCAGGCUACCUUAAUGUCCUGGUGAACGCUCAUUGGAGAAGCCGGUGGUGCUCAGUGAAGGACAGGCAGCUUUGGAUCUACACUGACAAAAGCAGGAGCAAAGUGUCCCAGCAGCCACUGUCUCUCGAGGGGUGCAUGGUUCUGCCAGACCCCAGCCCUGAACACCUGUACUCAUUCCGCAUCCAAAUGGAUGGAGAGGAGCUUGCAAUCCUAGAAGCUAAAUCCUCCGCUGAUAUGGGCCACUGGCUCGGGCUCAUACUGUCACAAACCGGCACUAAAACAGAGCCGGAAGAUCUCACCUACGACUAUGUGAACUCAGAGAGAAUAUGCAGUAUUGUCAACGCUGCCAAGACAUCCAUGUAUUUAAUGCAGAGGAGGUACUCAGAGCCCAACACAUACACAGACAGCCCUCCGUCAGACCCCUAUACCUGUGAUGACAUAUACGAUGAUGUGGCAUCCACAGAGAAUGAACAGGAGGAGGUUCAAGAAGUUCAGAAUGGCAGCGAGGAGGGAACAGCAAGCGCUGAAGAGAACGGGAAGGAGAGAGUCUAUCUGGAUCUGAUCCCGGUUCGCUCCUUCCUGCACUUGAGCUCGGGCAGUGUGUCACCCCAGAUGUCCAACACCGUACAGACAGAGCUCAGUCCCUCAGCUGCUCCAGAACAUGAUCAGCUACAGCCUCAAGAGUCUGAAUAUGAAACUUCACUACCAAGCAGCACAGAGAUCCUGGACCCUACACCUGGAGCCCCAAGAGUGGACGCGGAUCCCUCUCCAGCCCCCAACCUGUGCGUCCAGCCUCAAAAAAUCAGUUUCCUUAGUCAGCAAAACCAAAAGAGGGCCUCUUUGUCACACCAAACCCAAACCCUACCCCAGAUGCCCCAGAGUCCUCCCACCUCCAGAGGAAGAGCCGCCAGCGCGGACAGACUUCUCGAUAGGCUUAAGUUCUCUCCAGCAGCUGCUCCAGGGUCGGUUGAGGUGAAAUUAGGGAAGAACAGGACGGAGGCCGACGUGAGACGUUACACCGACGAUAGAGACCGGCUGGAGCGAGAGAGGGAGGAGGUUAAAAACAUUCUGGCCACACUGAGGAAAGAUAGACGAGAGGUGAAAGAAGAGCUAAACUCCUGUCAAGACCCCACCCAGCAGGCCUCUCUGGAGGCUCGUCUGAAGCAGAUGGAGGAGACGUGUCGUGAGGCAGAGCGUCGACGAGUGGAGGUGGAGCUUAGCUUGAUGGAGGUGAAGGAGAGUUUAAGAAAAGUGGAAGCUGGACCUUUUACACUGGGCACCACGGUAGACAGCAGUGUACUGGAAACUUUAACGCCCAAGAUGGCACCUGUCGCCAGUCCUGCUCCAAAUACAAAUACACCCACCAACAAUGGAGAUUCACCUGUAAACUGUGCCACAGCGAUGAAGAACAGACCCGUGUCCAUCAUGGCACCCAACAAAGGAAACGUUCUGCAGAAGGCCAAGGAAUGGGAGAAAAAAUCCACAACCUAAUAGAUGGGAACAGCGAGUGCAAAAAGACUUUUUAGCCAAAGCUCAAAGGACUGCUAAGGCAAAUGCUUCAGGCAGGGAGGGGAAGAGGGUGUGUCCAAUUCCCUGCAGGCUCCGCCCCUCUGAUACAUCACCCUCCACUCGUCCCUGCUUCUCUGCUAUCAGAGGCUGAGAUUGCACUGGGUACAUCAGGCAGCUGAUCCAAGACAAUAUUUUCUGUUCCCUGCCAAAAAAACGCCACUGGACAACAAUAGAUUUUAAAUCUAUUCGAGUCAUUUAAUGUAAGAGAAAGGAGGAGAAUGAUAGAAACUACUCUUCCAGUGGUGUGCACAGUAUGUGAAGGAUGUUUCACACGCUUGAGAAGAGACCAAAAAGGAGUUUAGGAGUGCUUCAGAACCACUAUUUUUAUAUUGUCAUUUAUAUUAGAUUCAAGACUUUAAAUCAGCCAUUUGGUACAUUGUAGCUUGGUUCAUGUAUGCUGGUAACCAAGAUGUGAAUAUAUAUAACAUAUCCGUUCAGUGUUUUUCGGUUUGUUACUGUACGCUAGCUGAAACAUGCACUUUUUAUUCAAAUAAAAGUUUGUUCUGCAAACUAUUCAUGCAAACGGUAUCCUGCUUUGAAAUUGCAGAAAACAAAACUCAGUCCCCCCAGUAGGUGGAACCAAAAACAAUAGAAAGUAUUUGAGUUAGACAAGGUUCUGGAAAAAAAAAAAAAUUAAUAGCUUUACAAUAGACAAACGCAUCACUGUAACUAAUGAUAUGUAAAAAAAAUAAAUAUGGUCAAAAACAUAAGCCUCUAACAUGAGGCUUUCUGUUACACAAGGAUUUUUCAUUAUGACAGAUCACAAGCAAGUCCAAAUCUCAGACAGAAAACAUGUUCAUAAAAGGUCUUCAGUGCUGAAUAAUCAACACAAACAGCAUCAGAACCUCUUAACUCUUUCCCUGCCAGCAUUU